GGACGGAAUGGAGACGGAGGCGUUGUUGCUGGAGGCUCGCGAGAGCGUCGAGGCGGCGCGCACCUACCGCCGCGAGCUGCAGCAGCGCCUGAAGGGGCUGCAGCUGGCCCGGCAGCAGGUAACGGGGGUGGGUGCGCGGGGCGAGCAGCUGAAGGGGACCGGGAGGUUUUGCAAAGCACUGCGGAACCCCUCUCAGGCUGCAGCUGAGAUCAAAGAGAGUGCGGCACUGACAAGGGAUGUACUUGAACAGCAUUUUAACGACUUGAAAGGCACCUUGAGGAAGCUUCUGGAUGAACGGUUGGUGUCCUUGCUGCAAGAAGUGGAUGCCAUAGAAGAGGAGAGCAUCAAACCCUUGGAUGAGUGCCGGAAGCUAAUAGAACAGGGCGUUGGCACUGCUGAUGAUCUCCUCCGGGAAGGAGAAACUGUCAUCCAUGGUGUAACAGGGGAGGAGAGUGACAAGCUUUGCAGCUUUACCAAAAAGGCAUUGCAUAUUCAGCUGGAUAGUUUGCCAGAAGUACCAUCUUUGGUUGAUGUGCCUUGUUUAUCUGCCCAGUUGGAUGACUCUCUCCUUACAGUAGUGAGAAAUCAGAUCUUUAACCAUGGAACAGUAGCAUCUCGGCCCCCAAUACAGAUAGAAGAACUGAUUGAGAAGCCUGGGGGCAUCAUUGUUAAGUGGUGCAAGGUCGAUGAGGACUUUGUGCCACAAGAUUACAGGCUCCAGUAUCGCAAGAGUACGGCCAGCCACUUUGAAGAUGUGUAUGUCGGCUCGGACACAGAAUUCAUAGUGCUCCAUAUUGAUCCCAAUGUUGAUUACCAGUUCAGGGUUUGUGCACGAGGAGAUGGCCGCCAAGAAUGGAGUCCGUGGAGUGUUUCUCAGACUGGUCGUUCCACCUUGGUGCCCCAUGAAUGGACGCCCGGCUUUGAAGGCUACAGCUUGAGCAGCCGAAGAAACAUUGCGCUUCGAAAUGAUUCACAAGUGGGCGGGGUGCUGUACUCCAGGGCUCCAACCUACUAUUGCGGUCAGACAUUGACAUUCCGAAUUGAAACAGUUGGUCAGCCGGACAAAAAAGACAGUAUAGGUGUUUGUGUGGCGCAGCAGAAUGGCGCCGAUUCCCUGCAGAGAGAUAAAGCAGUUUGCGUGAGCACCAACGGUGCUGUCUUUGUAAACGGAAAAGAGAUGACAAACCAGUUGCCUGCGGUUAUUUCAGGAUCAGCUGUGACAUUUGACAUUGAAGCUGUGAAUUUAGGCCCUUCCAAUAAUAAUAAUGAUGGGGGGAACUUCAAACUCAGAGUGACAAUUGGCUCCAACAACAGGGAAGUGGUCUUUGACUGGGUACUCGAUCAGUCCUGCGGUUCUCUUUAUUUUGGGUGUUCGUUCUCCUAUCCAGGCUGGAAAGUGCUGGUGUUCUAACUUUCCCACCUCUGAAAUGAUGCCGAUUGUUUUAAACUGUAUCAUUCCUCCAGUGGUCGGACUUGGUGAUACAGCGAUUAACUAGUUCAGGCUCCAGAGUACACUGGUGUGAGUCUGUGCAGGAGGGAGCCCCCUAACGCAACCUGCCUAUGUGAUGAACAUUACUUGAACUAUUUACUGGGUGCAGUUUAAAGUACUGAUGGUGUGUUUGAGUAAUCUGGGGGAUGGGGUGGGGAGUAAGCCUUCACCGUUGCUAUCAAAUUUGUAUUAUUAUUUGUAUUAUUAUUGAUUUUAAGGGAGAAAAAGCCAGAGUUGAUCCUUUUACUGUGCUCCUGCCUGUGUGGUUACUCUUAAUGAACAGCCCCAUUUUGCUAAAGUGCUGUUCUUUUGGCUCAGGGUUUAUGGACCAAAGUUACUUGUAUGCUUAUCCUAUUCAUCAGAGUACGGUACUGUAAACGCUGCUGGGCAUGCACUCAGCAAAUGCUUCAUUUUUGUCAGUUGGAUACCAGGCAUUAGUGUUUCUUGACCCGAUAUCCCACCCUGCUCCCCCAUUUACUGCAGCAAGUUGACGCAUUUGUUCCCCCAUGCGCAGUACCUCGGUCUCAUCUCUUUACCUGUGUGCCUUGGUUUUUAUUCAAAAGUAUUGUACAGGAUGGAGAGUUAAGCUUUCCAACAGUGAACAUGCAGUGCCCAGUUGAGUGCCAUUGAACGGCUGAUAUUUAACUUGGGCUUUAUUAUUACCUCCUGCUUCAGAAAGUGCCUCUACCAAGACGAUGUCUUGUUCCCAGGGGAAAUUCUAUAAUAGGGGAGGCUAGCCUGUGGGGCAGGUCCUGCCCAGGAAGCCAUGUUGUAGCAGCAGCCUGUUAAGAUCAGGCAAUUUUGGUUACCUUCUAAAAGUGUCUCUUUUCUCUCUGGCUAAGGUACCAUUGCAGGGAAUAUCUAGAGGCUCUGAGAGGGAACACUGCAUUCCUUGCAGUGGUGGCUCCCAAAAGGAAGAGAUUUUUACAAGGGAAAAGAAGUCGUCCUGAUCUAGGAGAUGCUCCUCUCCUAGCCCAGUACUCCCAUGAGGAAAAAUGCUAUUGAAAAGAUCUCUGUCUCUCCCUCCCAGCCUUGUUUUUCUGCAGAAGGGGAGGGUGUGUCUGAUAUAUGGCUAGUGACUGUGUUGGCCACUUCUGGCUCAUGGCUGUCAGAAGGUUGACCUCAACAGGGUCCUUCAGCUGAAAGAAUUAAGCUACCCUCAUUCUGUAAGGAGGUUUUGUAGAACUUCUGAGCCUUUGUGGGUGGGUGGGAAUCUAUAGUAGGUGGCAGUCAGAAUUAACCAGAAUUCUUAUACAGUACAGUACAGUACAUAGUUGCUUUGUCCUUUCUUACCCAUCCGUGAGUUCAAAGAACAACUCUGCAAUAACUUAGAUAGGAUAGUGUGCUACAUGUAUGAUGCUGAAGUGGAGGUACCAUGUAGACAAAGGUGUCUGUAAAUGCAUCUAUCAGGGAUUUUAUUAUUUUGCUGAUGUAACAAGAUCAGUGCAUAGACAGAAUGGUGAUAUUAAACAGGGUAUAACUGCCGUGUGGCACAGUCGUGCACUGAAUCGGGGUUUCCCAAACUUGGGUCUCCAGCUGUUUGCAGACAGUUUCCAUAAUCUCUGAGCAUUGGUUCUGCUAGCUAGAGAUGACAGGAGCACUUGGUCUAAAUGAUAGUUUAGGCCAGGUGUGACCCUCCAGAUGUUGCUGAACUACAACUCCCACUAGCCUUGGCCAUUGGCCAUACUUGCCCACCCUUUGUUUAGGCAAAUUCAACCAUGCAAGUGACGUGAAAUGCCCUUUUUCAUGUUUAAAAUAUAGUACAAAUCAGUAUUACUUGCAAACAUGUCCUGUCACAAACUGUAGCUGUUCAGCGCCAGCCGGGGGCUGCUUACCACAGCAUCCUGUUGGGAACAAACAAAGUAAGAAGUUGUUGAAAGCACCUUUCUGUAUAUCCCAGCUGCUCUAGGGCUGUGCUGAUGCCAAGAGCUCGGGUGCUGGCACAGGAGCUCCAGUGACCCUUAAACUGGAGCCUAAGAGGAUGGCAAUAUCUCCUUGCUGCACCAAGUUAGGGCCUCUCCCCUGUCCUGAAGCCUUAAGGCUACUAGUGGGGAAUCUUUGUCCCUCCAGAUGUUGCUAACUACAACACCCAUCAGCACUACCAAGCGUAGCCAAUGUCCCAGAAUGAUGGGAGUUGUAGUUCAGUAACAUCCAGAGGGCUAAAGGUUCACCCACCUCCUCUGUAGCCCAACAGCUCUGCAGAACAGCGGCUGUUGACAUUUUGCAAGCGAAAGGCUCCCCCACUACUCCCUUGGCUUCAAAGUAGAAAGCUGGGGUUUGUCGUGGACUUUGGGUUCUCUUGUGCCACGUGCCAGUAUACUCCCCCCUCCCCGACGAUCAUCUAGUCCAGCAUGAGCUACAUUAGAGCAAUUCUAAGAACUAGGCAAUAUAGUAAAAUCUAAUGUAAGCAAGCAGAGCUCUGCAAACUUGAAAUGGAGCACACACAAAAAACACUGUAUGAGAUGUUAAGGGGUGGCUAACUCUCCUUCCCCUCCAGAUCUGUUUCCUAAACCUCCCAUUUUGAGGGCACAUUGGGGAAAUCCUGUUGCGUCAUCAGGCCGAUGCUGUUGGAUGUCACCCAGCUGUUACAUAGAAAAAUGUGAUCGGCCAGGACCAAUUUACAUUUAGCUGUCAAGUGUGUGUACGUGAGAUAUAUACACCGGAGGGUGGAAAUUCUCUUCCUCCCUCUAGAAUGUGUUAUAGGUGAACUGGAGCUUGUAAAUGUGCCUCUGACCAGGAGGAAGAUGUACUGCCUUCCACAAAGGCACACAUGGGGGAAAAUUGUGGCCUGCCAUAUGUUGUUGGGACUACAGCUCCCAUCAUUUCUGUCCGCUGGCUGUGCUGCCUGGGGCUGAGAGGAGUUGAGAAGUCCAUGCAUGCGCAGUGCUUGGUUCAUAGACAGAACUGGGUGGCUGAAGUUGCCAUCAGCUUCACUCCUACAACAGUAGUUUCAAACCCUGUUUUCCCAAAUGAGGUAGAGGCAAAGGGCAAGCUAGCCAUUGGCCCCAUAAAUAAAUGUUUUUGCCAGUUCUGAUGGUUUCAUUUAACCCAAAUGCCUUUCUACCAUUGGCUAGCUCGUCACAUAUUGGGGGGGGGGAGUUUAUGUGGGGUUGAUAAUCCUUUGAGGUGGUGGGGAGAGAACAUGUGUGAAUGAGUUGUAUUUGGGAACAGCAGCACUGUGCAAAAUAUUGGUUUGAAAACUUGCCAAUAAAGCUGAUAAGGACCAAAAGGCUUGAUGGAGAUUAAAAACACCUAGCAAUGGACCAGUGAUAAACAGCUUCGCUAGUGAAAUAUAUAUAUGGAAAGGUUCCCGAUACAUUUGUAGUAUUUUUGUACUUUCGCAAUACAAGUAUUUGGUCCUUUGGAAGACAUUUUACCCAUACAGUGUUAAGAUAAAACUUGGAGACAAUGUUGGGAAGGGAAUGUGUUUGUAAAACUUUGUAUCUAUUUACCUCAGCAUACGUACUUUGUAUUAUGACUUUUUAAUAAAAGUUUGUCCAUCUGCUUGA